AUGGCUGUGGACAGCCUUGACUCUGCCGAGAAGGCAGGAGAACCCGACGUAACCGAUGACGUCAAGGACGAUGUCAGGGAAGCAGCGACCGAGGAAGAGCAGCUCAAGGCAACCUUAGAUGGUGCAUGGCAGCAGCUGGAGGUGCUCUUCAACGAAGUGAUGCAUCCGGGCCAGCGGCUCACUGGGCUGAUUGCUUGUCAUUUUCAGAUAUUCGCUAGGGGACAGCUCGCGUGCCCAGCCAUCCACGCUUCCUGGCGUGGAACGUGGAAUACUCAGACUUCGAAGAACGUUCUUGCCUUCAAGAGUGGGAGAUGA